AUGUCGGUCCAGAAGGCACUGAAGUUUAAGCCUCUUCACCCUACAUUCGCUGCUGAAGUGGAUGGUAUUGACUUUUCGAAGCCGAUACCCGACUCUGUGAUCGCGGAGGUUCAGGAGGGUAUCGACAAAUAUGGUUGUCUAGUGUUCCGAAAUGCAAACAUGGACAACGACACUCAUGUUUCGUUCACCCGACGGUUCGGUGAGCUAGAUUCAAUGCCUUUCAUUCGUCGCCGAGGUCGAUUCCCAGACCAACCACACAUUUUCGACGUAUCCAACUUGGAUGACUCUGGAGAAAUAGUCAAAAACACAGACCGCAUAACCGCUAUGCUGAAGAAGGGCAAUGAGCUGUGGCACGCCGAUAUGCAGUACCACCCGCGAAGAGACAAAUAUUCUCUCCUCCGUGCAGUGGAGAUUCCUCCUAAAGGCUUGGGUGGUGAGACAGAAUUUGCAGACUCCCGCACUGCUUAUGAAGACCUCAGCCAAGAAUGGAAAGACAGGCUCGAGAAUUUGGUAUGCGAUUGUUCUCUGAUCCACAAUCGCCGAUUGGCCGCUCCUGAUCUCUAUAAAGAUGUGGAUCCAUACGACUGGUCUAUUUCUCGCUUCAAGGCGGUUUACCCGCACGAGGGGAGCGGACGCAAAAAUCUAUAUAUGACCAGUUACGUCUACAGAUUUCAGGGAUAUUCCAUUGAAGAAAGCCACAGGAUGAGAGAGGAGCUGAUUGCGCACGGGACGCAGCCAAAAUAUGUGUACAAGGUUGCUUGGGAGCAGCCCGGUGAUGCGGUCAUGUGGGACAACACAGCCGUCUGGCAUCGAGCACUAGACGCGUCGGAGUACAUCUUCAAGUACAGGAGGGACAUGCGCCGCACAAACACAUACGACAAUGGUCCAUAUGCUUGGGGAGAAAAUGAGGUCGGGAAGGACUGGAAGGUGCAACUGCCAAAGGAUCCUCUAGCACAUGAAAGCCAGUUCAAUCGAGUGGUUGGGUAG